AUGGAGCUCUCUUCAGAGCAAAGCAAGCCCGCCCAACUGGUCACAAGCAAGAAGGGUGGCCUUAGAACCAUGCCUUGUAUCAUCUCAAACGAGGCAUUGGAAAAGGUUGCAAGCUUUGGGCUUCAGGCAAAUAUGAUCAUGUACUUGACAUCUGAAUAUCACAUGGAGGCCGCCACCGGAGCUAGCAUCUUGUUCUUGUGGUUAGCCAUGUCGAGCUUCACGCCUAUCAUCGGGGCUUUUCUCUCUGAUUCUCACUUGGGUCGCUUUCGUGUGAUCGCAUUGGGAACAGUCGUCAGCCUACUUGGGGAGAUUUUGCUAUGGCUAACAGCAGUAUUUCCACGAGCAAGACCAGUCCAUUGUGACGACCCAUUAAAAGAAAAAUGCGUCUCAGCGAACACAGCCCAAGUGAUGCUUCUGUUUACCUCAUUUGGUCUCAUGUCCAUUGGAUCUGGAGGGAUCAAGCCAUGCUCACUAGCCUUUGGAGCAGACCAGCUGAACAAGCCAGACAGCCCCAAGAACGAAAGGGUUCUGCAGAGCUUCUUCAAUUGGUACUAUGCUUCAGUUGGAGUCUCAGUCAUGUUUGCAGUGACAGUGAUAGUUUAUGUUCAAGUUCAGUUUGGUUGGGUUGUGGGUUUUGGAGUUCCUGUAGGCCUCAUGUUAUUGUCCGGUCUUCUGUUUCUCUUGGGAUCUUCCCUUUAUGUUAAGGUGCCUCCAAACAAGAAUCUGUCUGCUGGCCUUGUUCAAGCGAUUGCGGCAGCUUGGAAAAACAGGCACUUGGCGUUGCCACCAAAGAACUUUGAUGCAUGGCAUAGUCCCAAAGGUUCAAAGUUUGCCACUCCAACGGAUAAUUUAAGGUACCUAAAUAAGGCUUGCAUGAUCAGAAGCCCUGAGAAGGACAUAGGCCCUGACGGGUUGGCCAAAGAUCCGUGGAGUCUGUGCACUGUUAGGCAAGUAGAAGAGCUGAAAGCACUGAUCAGAAUCCUUCCCAUUUGGUCUAGUGGCAUUAUGAUCGGGGUGACGAUCGCCCAGCACGCAUUCCCUGUGCUCCUAGCAAACACCAUGGACAGGCAUUUCCUGGGCAAAAUCAAAAUCCCAGCAGCCUCCUUUUCCCUGUUUGGCAUUCUCACCCUGACAAUAUGGGUGGUCAUCUAUGACCGGAUACUAGUCCCAUUGGUAUCCAAGUACACAAAAAGGCCGCGUGGGUUUAGCUUCAAGCAAAGAAUUGGGGCAGGCCUAGUAAUCUCUUGUUUGGCCACUGCUGCUGCAGCAGAGGUUGAGAGGCAGAGAAGAAAAACAGCAAUUCAGGAGGGUUUUCUGAGCAACCCAAAGGGUGUAGUGAGCAUGUCUGCCGAUUGGCUAAUACUACAGCACUGCCUCACUGGACUUGCAGAGGCUUUGAAUGCAAUUGGGCAGCUAGAAUUCUACUACUCUCAGUUCCCAAAGAGCAUGUCCAGUAUUGCAGUGGCUCUUUUGUCACUUGGGUUUGGAGUUGGGAGCUUGGUUGGGAGUUUGGUUGUGAGCAUUGUGGAUGAUGUGACCAAAAAAGAUGGUGUGAGCUGGCUUUCAAGUAACCUCAACAUGGGUCACUAUGAUUAUUACUAUUGGCUUCUUACUGCUAUGAGUGUGGUAAACUUCUUCUACUUUUUACUGUGUAGUUGGUUAUAUGGGCAUUGUGAGGACAAGAAGAAUUGGGAUGAGGGAGAGGGCACAAAAGAGAUGGAAGAUUUGUCCAAGUCCGGCGAGUAUGCGGCUAUCUUCUCUGCUUGA